AUGUCAACCCUCAUCAAGACCUUCUCCUCAGAUGCAGCAGCCCACAAAACUCCAUCAUCUCCACGAUCAGCCGCCACCACCAGCCAUGGAAGCCCUAGGCUAACGAACCUCCCUCAAUCUCGGCGUCCACACAUCACACGGCUCCCUCACCCUUCCCAACUCAAAGUCCCAGAAUAUUCCAAGUCCCCUCAACGUGCCAAGCUCCGCCGGCGAUCAAAGGCUCCAGAUUCCAGGCGAAUACGAGUAGCAUCAGCCCGACGGCGAGAAGGCCAGCGCACGCCGGCGAUUCGAACGCCACCAGCGACGAGGCGAGCCAUUCACAGCGCCGGAGAGCCACCAGUUGCCGGCGAGUCAGGAUCGAGCUCCUCCGUGACUGAAGCAGGCCGAACAGAACCUGGCCGGAAGCAGCCUUGUCCAGCGGCUGAGACACCUUUUUCUGGUACACCGGGAGCAGCCGAUUUCCGGCAAGGAGCAGUGAACGUCAUUCGAGAGCCGGCGACCUUAUUCCAAAAUAUGUAA